AUGGAAAAGUGCGCACAAUUGUCGCAAUUUGAUGAAGAACUAUACAAGGUGAUUGGUGAAGGAGAUCAUGAUGAGAAAUACCUUAUUGCAACUUCUGAGCAACCUCUUUGUGCUUACCAUCAAAAUGAAUGGAUCCAACCUAGUGAGCUUCCCAUAAGAUAUGCAGGUUACUCGACUUGCUUUCGAAAAGAAGCCGGUUCCCAUGGAAGAGAUACACUUGGCAUUUUCCAUGUUCAUCAGUUUGAGAAAGUUGAACAGUUUUGCAUCACAAGUCCUAAUGAUUCUUGGGAAAUGCUCGAUGAGAUGUUGAACAACUCGGAAGAGUUUUACCAAUCGCUUAAAAUUCCAUACCGAGUUGUGUCGGAUGUCUCUGGAGCUUUGAACAAUGCAGCUGCUAAAAAGUAUGACUUGGAAGGAUGGUUUCCUUCGUCAGAGACUUAUAGAGAGCUUGUGUCCUGUUCCAACUGUACAGACUAUCAGUCUCGAAGGCUUCGGAUCAGAUACGGUCAUAAAAAGAGCAAUGAUCAGCAGACUAAGAACAAGUAUGUCCAUAUGCUGAAUUCGACCCUUACCGCGACACAGAGGACUAUUUGUUGUAUUCUUGAGAACUACCAGCGAGAGGAUGGUGUGGACAUCCCUGAGGUUCUUCAACCUUUCAUGGGGGGAGUGACGUUUUUGCCUUUCAAGAUGUGUAAGACCCAAGGCAAAAAAUCUACAGCUUGA